UCCAGCACCUUGCAGUCACCCGGGAACAGAAUGAGUGUUUCAGGCAAUAUAGCUGGACCCCAGACACAGUGGACCAUGCACAGAACACCAUGUCCAGUCCCGUCCACUCAGGGUUCCUAGUGAGCUUCAUGGUAGAUGCGAGGGGUGGAUCUAUGAGAGGAAGUCGUCAUAAUGGCAUGCGCAUUAUCAUCCCACCCAGGAAGUGUCCAGCACCAAUGCGAGUCACAUGCCGCUUGUCAAAACACCAGUGCCUUCCAUAUCCCCCCCCAAUGGUGGAAGGUGAGGGGCUUGUUAGUAGGCUAGUAGAGGUGGGACCAACCGGAGCCCAUUUUUUGGGGCCAGUAAUUUUGGAGAUCCCACAUUUUGGCUCAAUGCGUGGAAUGGAGCGUGAGCUGAUUGUACUGCGCAGUGAUAAUGGUGAUACAUGGAAGGAGCAUCAAUAUGAAUGCUUUGGAGAAGAUCUCAUUGAUCUGCUGAAUGGCAUGGAUGAAGAACUGGACAGCCCUGCUGAGCUGGAGAAGAAGCAUAUCUGCCGCAUCAUUACUAAAGACUUCCCGCAAUACUUUGCAGUUGUGUCUCGUAUUAAACAGGAGAGCGAAUACAUGGGUCCCACAGGUGGAAUAUUAACCAGUAAAUCUGUUCCAGUGGUGAGGGCUGUCUUUCCUCCUGGAGCACUCACCAAGAAGAUACGUGUUGGCUUACAGGCUCAGCCAGUGCCAGAGGAAAUUGUGCACAGUGUGAUUGAUAACCAAGCCUCAUUCAGCCCCAUUGUAACCAUAGAACCCAGGAGGAGGAAGUUUCAUAAGCCCAUCACCAUAACAAUUCCUGUCCCACCCAGAGCUAAGGAGGUUACAGCUAAAGGACGUAAAGGAGAUCCUGUUCCCUGCUUGAGACUGCUCUGCAGCAUCACAGGUGGCACUUCUCCAGCUCAGUGGGAUGAUAUCACUGGCACUACUCCACUCUCCUUUGUCACUGACUGUGUCUCAUUUACCACAAAUGUUUCAGCCAGAUUCUGGUUGGCAGACUGUCAGCAAGGGAGUGAGACAGUUGCUCUGGCAACCCCUGUUUACAAGGAGCUGAUUUGUGUGCCAUACCUUGCCAAAUUUGUGGUGUUUGCAAAGCCCAUUGACUUAGCAGUGGCAGAGCUGCGUUGCUUCUGUAUGACUGACGAUAAGGUGGAUAAAACACUUGAGCAGCAGGAAAACUUCGAGGAAGUGGCCAGGAGCAAAGAUAUUGAGAUUUCAGAGGGAAAGUCCAUCUAUGUGCACUGCUAUGGCAAUCUGUCUCCUGUCAGCAAGAUCAGCCAGCAGCUUGUUUUUACCUUCUAUGCCUUCAAAGAGAACCGACUACCUUUUAAUGUCAAGGUGUGGGACAUGGGACAGGAGCCAUGUGGAAGACUUUUGUUUCACAAAGAGCUGAAGCCUACUAAAAGCCUUCCACAGAGAGCUAUUUGCACCCUAAAUUUCUUACUGCCAGCACACAAGAAGGUGCAAAAAAGUACACACAUAAUCUCCUUCUUUUUCAGACACAUGCACACUGACACACACAUGACUUCAUACUGCCAGCACAUGGCACACAUACAAAUUCACAUAAGAAUAUUUUAAUAUAUACAACAAUUAAGGGGGCCAAGCACUUUCUGUCACCACCCUUUAGCUAUGGAGGAAGACCAGAAGCCAUUGGGAUCAUCAGUGUUUGCUCCCAAUUAGAUAUAUUAAGGCUAUGUUUCAGUUAGCUGCCUUGCUCGUAAAUAGGUAUAUUGUGUAUAUAAGUUCAGGCACUGGUAAGGACCCUGACUCACUGCACAUUGGUACACUGAUAAGUUAAUUUUCUGGUGACACAAUUACAUACCUGUGUUGUAGAAAAUCGCCAAAAAUUAAAAACUUUAAAAUAUUUAA